AUGGAUGAGUGUCGUAUUUUCCUUAAUACUGACUACAAACUAGACCAGAGAACCUACAAUGCACCAUUGACGUCAGAGGUGGCCGCCGUAUGGGUUGAGGGGAAUGAGAUUUACCAACAUAUUGACCGUGGCAUAACCCUGUUUGGCAACGAUAACAGAUGUUACUCCAUCAAGCCUCAUCAUGGAUGUUAUGACCCUUUGUCAUACCCUCUCUUCUUUCCUAGGGGCGAGCUUGGGUGGCAUCCAGAAAUACCAAAGGUUGGUGUUAAUCCUGGCCAGGUCAUUAGGCCGUCCACACAACCUGACAAUCCAGACACUAAUAGCCAGUUGUGCGUCACGAUGCGCGAAUACUAUUGCUACAAAUUCCAGAUGCGCCGUGGUAUAUUCAACACCAUCUUGCAUGGUAAGCGUCUAUUCCAGCAGUUCGCUGUGGAUACAUAUAUCAAGCUUGAAACAACACGGCUCAACUAUAUCCUUCACAACCAAUCGAGAAUACGAGCUGAUCUGUACCAGGGCUUAGUUGACACUUUAUGUGCUGGAGAGGUUCGAGCACGUAGAGUUGGCAAAAGAUGGGUGCUACCGGCAUCAUUUAUUGGUGGAGGAAGGGAUAUGAGACGGAGAUACAUGGAUGCUAUGGCCUUGGUGCAAAAGUAUGGAAAACCAGAUUUCUUUCUCACUAUGACUUGUAAUCCUAACUGGGAAGAAAUAGUUAGAGAGCUUGAACCGGGCCAGACACCACAGGACCGACCGGAUCUUGUUGUGCGAGUAUUUAAAGCCAAAUUAGAAGACCUCAAACACCAGCUAUUCCAUAAACACAUCCUUGGGGUUGUGGCAGCACAAGUUCAUGUCAUUGAAUUCCAGAAAAGGGGUUUGCCACAUGCACACUUCCUCCUUAUCAUGCAAUCCCCCUACAAACUAACAAGCCCAGAACAGUACGAUGCUGUUAUCUCGGCGGAGCUUCCAAAUAAGGACAAGUAUCCCCAGCUUCGUGAAAUGGUUGCCAAACACAUGAUGCAUGGGCCAUGUGGUUCUUUAAAUAGACGUAGCCCCUGUAUGAGAGAUGGUCAAUGCAAGUGCCAUUAUCCACGCCAGUUUCAGGCCACAACUCUCCAAGGGAAGGACUCUUACCCAAUAUAUAGAAGAAGGGAGGAUGGAGAGAUAGAAUUAGUUAGAGGACAUGACAUGGACAAUAGGUGGGUCGUGCCUUAUUGUCCGAAGCUAUUGAGAAGGUAUGAUUGUCACUUGAAUGUUGAGGUUUGCUCGAGCAUUCAAGCUGUGAAAUACCUUUACAAGUACAUCUAUAAGGGCCAUGAUAGGGCAUCCGUGUCUGUAAAUGAUGCAGAUGGCAAUCAGGAGAUUAACGAGAUAGAAAAUUUCAGAGAUGCUAGAUGGGUGGGCCCGCAGGAGGCAUUAUGGAGAAUAUAUGGGUUUGAUCUAAAUGGUAUCUCACCCCCCGUUCUACAGCUACAACUUCAUCUUCCAGGCAUGCAUCUUGUUUCCUACAAUGAGAAUGCCGAUGUGCGUAAUGUUUUGGAAGCACAGGGUGUUGAGAAAUCAAUGUUAACUCAGUUCUUUAAGGCAAACCAAGAAUUCCCAUGGGCUCGAACCCUACUAUAUAGAGAGUUCCCAGAACAUGCAGUUUGGGAGAGUAGGCCGAAGAAAUGGAAACCAAGACAGCAGCGAACACAGGUUGGACGGAUCAUUUCUGCACAUCCUGCUGAGGGGGAGAGAUAUUAUCUAAGAGUGUUGCUGAACCACGUACGAGGACCGACUUCAUACGAACAUCUAAGAUCAUUUGAAGGAAUUGUCUAUCCUACCUUCCGAGAGGCUGCUGAGAAAAGAGGUCUUAUUGAGGCAGAUAGUAGCAUCGAUGAAUGCUUGACUGAGGCUGAAGUUUUCCAUAUGCCUUCGUCUCUCCGAAGGUUGUUUGCUACGAUUUUGGUCUUCUGUGAGCCUAGCAAUGUGCGAGGUCUCUGGGAUAAGCACUUACAAGCAAUGUCUGAUGACUUCCAGUGGGGCCAAAGCGAUUCAAAUGCAGUACAACAGAUGGUGUUGAUAGAUAUUAGAAAUAUCCUCCAGUCGAUGGGUAAGGAUAUAACAUUAUUCCCUCUUCCAGAGAUUUCUGGCUCAAAUGACGACAUGUCUGGUGUGGUACGGGAAAUAUUUGAGGAGACCAAUAUUGAAUUAGACAAUGAACACCUAUCAGCUGUGUCAUACCUCAAUCGUGAACAAAGGCAAGCUUAUGACACUAUAUUAGCAUCCGUCGAUAGUGGUACUGGAGGUGUUUUCUUUGUUGACGGCCCCGGAGGAACAGGAAAGACAUUCCUAUACAAUGCAAUGCUAGCCAGAGUUCGGAGCAAUGGAAAUAUAGCGAUAGCUACUGCAACGUCCGGUGUAGCUGCUUCCAUCAUGCCUGGAGGUAGAACUGCACAUUCAAGAUUCAAAAUUCCACUUAGCAUACAAGACGGUGGUGUGUGUAACUUUACCAAGCAAAGUGGGACGGCAACACUUCUUCGUCGUGCUUCACUUAUAUUGUGGGAUGAAGCCACGAUGACAAAAAGACAAGCAAUUGAGGCACUUGAUAAGAGCAUGAGAGACAUCAUGGAUAAGCCUGGUUUACCGUUUGGUGGAAAGACGAUUGUCUUUGGAGGUGACUUUAGACAGGUGCUUCCGGUCGUACGGAAGGGUACAAGGGCACAAAUAAUUAACUCAACGCUGCGUAGAUCUUACCUAUGGGACUACAUGCAUCAGUUGAAGCUUGUGCAGAAUAUGAGGGCUCAGUCAGAUCCUUGGUUUUCAGAUUACUUGUUGCGCAUCGGAAAUGGUGUUGAGGAAACCAUUGAUCAGGACUACGUAAGGCUACCUAGCGAUAUAUGUGCCCCUUACACCGGUGAAGAAUCUAACAUCAAUGACCUCAUUGAUGUGGUUUUCCCAAUGCUAGAGGAAAACAUGACAAAUUCAAACUACAUCACAUCACGAGCUAUUCUAUCAACUAGGAAUGAGAACGUCGAUGGCAUAAACAUGAAGCUCAUCGAACGCUUCCCAGGACAGCAAAUGAUCUAUCACAGCUUUGAUUGUGCAGUUGAUGAUCCAAACAAUCACUACCCAUCUGAGUUCUUGAAUUCUUUGACACCGAAUGGUUUGCCGCCUCACAUCCUAAAGCUUAAGGUUAAUUGUCCAGUGAUAUUGCUCAGGAAUCUUGACCCACCAAAUGGCUUGUGUAAUGGAACGAGGUUGGUGGUGCGAGCAUUUCAGAGGAACACCAUCGAUGCAGAGAUAGUGCUGGGUCAACACACAGGAAAGCGAGUCUUCCUCCCACGCAUACCUUUAUGUCCUUCGGAUGAUGAAAUGUUCCCAUUUAGGUUCAAGAGGAAACAGUUCCCUGUUAGAGUGAGCUUUGCAAUGACUAUCAAUAAAGCUCAGGGGCAAACGAUCCCUCAUGUUGGAGUCUACCUCCCUAACCCGGUGUUCUCACACGGACAGCUAUAUGUCGCUAUGUCACGAGCUACAGCCAGAAGCAGACUCAAAGUUCUCGCUGCAACGACUAAUGAUGAGAUUAGCGAAUUAGAUGGCACACUUACCAAGAAUAUCGUCUACAAAGAAGUGCUCACUUCCUAG